AUGGAAGAUAUGGCAAAUGAAGAAUAUUCUGAUUCUGAGCAGAUGGUUAUUCAUAAUAUUUCUGUAGUGUCAGUUUUUCAAUAUGUGAUGUUCGGAAGACUAUUGAAAACACCACGUAAUACUUCCAAAUUAACUGGUGCUCAGAAAACUAAAGAGUGGUUAGAAGGGCAUCCAGUUAGAUUUUAUGAACAACUUCGCGUUGAUAAGCACAUCUUUUGCUUACUGCGAGAUGCAUUGUGCGAGAGGAAUUUACUUAAGGAUACAAAGCGGAUGGAUGUGAAUGAACAACUAGUGAUAUUUCUACAUACAAUUGGGCACAAUGUUAGGAAUCGUGUUCUCCAGGAUAGAUUUCAACAUUCAGGGGAAACAAUUAGUCGACACUUCAAGAGAGUUUUAAAAGCCAUAAAUGGUUUGCGUGAUGCUUGCAUAACUGAUCCGGCCAAUGAAGUUCCCACAAAAAUAUUGGGCGACGAAAGGUACUACCCAUACUUCAAGAACUGCAUAGGAGCAAUUGAUGGGACACAUAUUAAUGCAAAAAUCAAGCUUGAUAAGCAAACUCCAUACAGAAACAGGCAUGGUUAUCCCUCUCAAAAUGUAAUGGCAGUAGUGUCAUUUGACAUGACAUUUUUAUAUGUGGCUGCUAGAUGGGAAGGUUCUGCAUCGGAUCAGGCCGUUUUACGGUGGGCUGUUACAGAUGGUGGCUUUGUUGUUCCAGAAGGUAAAUUUUAUCUCGUUGACUCGGGCUACGCAAAUACUCCAAGAUUUAUUGCCCCCUACCGUGGAGAUCGCUAUCACAUUGGUUCUUUUCGUGGAACUAAUCGUCGGUAUAGUAGUGAGAAGGAUCUGUUCAACCAUCUACAUGCACAACUACGGAAUGUUGUAGAACGCACUUUUGGUGUUCUAAAAGCUCGAUUUCCAAUAUUAACCAGGAAUGGAGGAGUCCCUUAUCCUUACAAAAAACAGGUCCAAAUUGUUAUGGCUUGUUGCAUCAUCCAUAACUUCAUAAGGAAGGUUGAUAGGGAUGAUGAGUUGUUUCAGCUUUAUGAACAAGAGGGAACAGAAGGAAAUGUUGACACAGGUGACCAACAUGUUCGAGGGCAAGCAAAUGUACAAGAAGAUGAUCGAGUUGGUGGUGAGCGAUUACGUGCAGAUGCAGUAGCUCCCUUCCUUCUCCACCUCGCCGCCAUCGCCGACGCCGAGCAGGUUGAGGCGAAAGGAAAGGAAAGCGGCUCCGCCUCACGCCGCCUCUUCUUGUACCUACAAUUAGGGCUCCCGCAAAGGCAUCUUUACUGUCUCUACCAGUUCUGA